UUCUCUAUUGUGACGCUUUCUAUGGGUGCACCACGAAUGCCCAAACCCCCGUUCCAACAAUCGAGAAAAAAGAAAAGCCAUCAUUUUUCGGGGCAGUCAGGAUUCGACGAAAUAGUACUCUCCGGUACAGCACGCCAUACCCGUCGAAUUUGCCAGCGGCAUGAUGGAGGUGGAUACCGACUACGAGGUAAACGAAUCCAGCUCGAGUCUUUUCAGCGGCUUCACCAAGGCCUACUCGAACAAUUUGCCAUGCGUGAGCAGCGAAAUGCUGUGGAAUUAUGUAGUCCAAUUGAUGCAGGUCGCUUCGCAAAAUCCGGAACAGGCAAAGAUGCUACAAACGGUGGCAGCCAGCAAACCUGAAUACUCUGAUGAUUCCAUCUGCUAUGCUCAGCUCAAGCGCGAUGAACGACAUUGUAUCGUGAAGGCUCAGAUCAUAACCGGAAACAGCACUGUCGAGGCUAAAAUCUUCCAACUGACCGCCAUCGUGGAUGAGCACGAUGAGCGGAUUCAUUCGGUUGAAUGUAGCGAAUGUUUCGAGAGUGGCGAUUGCCGACAUGCGAUCAGUUUCCUCGCAUGGAUACACCGGAAAAGUGAAGCAGACGACAGCAGCGAGGUGGUGUGCUAUUUCCGGGGCCCAAUAUUUGCCGAGUUAGAAAGUCUUCCGCCGAAACCCGCUCUCAACAAAACGAAGGCGAAAAAUUUCAUACGGGAAAUUGUGCGCAUCCUACAGACUGAGGACAUUGAUUGUCCGCUGAGGUGGAAUUUUUCAUCGGCGAAUAAGAAAUUUGGUAAUCUGUCCAUUCACGAGAUGAUAAUGACCGCGGUCAAAAAUAAGUUCGACACCGCACAAUUCUUUGAGCAUGCAUAUUCGGUCAUAUCUGCAUCGCAAUCACUUUUGGUGGAUAAGACUAAGUUUACACCAAAGUACAAUUCGUGGUAUUUGGAACUUCGUUACGCACGGAUCACAAGUGCCAAGGUUUCCGAUUGUAUCAAUCUGAACGUUACUCAGGCUGUGCUCUACGAGACGAUACUUGGCUGUCACAAAGAGAUUGACCAGAAUACCCAGCGGAAGAAAAUGGCGGUGCGGCAGAGGCUGGAAAAGUACACAAAAACCAAGUACGAGAACUGCAAAAUCAUACUGAAUCCUAAUUAUCCCAUAAUUUUUGACGUCCCUGACGGGAUCUGUCAGUCGCACGUGAUUGAAAUCAAAUGCCCAAAGUCGCAGGAUCACAUGCAGAAGUACGUUACGGAGAAUGGGUCCAUCUGUGAGAAGUACUACAUGGAGAUCCAGAUCCACAUGUACAUGCACGGUAAAACGGCGGGUGUGGUAUGCGUUGCGGAUCCUGAUUUUGAAACCAACAACGAAAUCUACAUGCACUCGUUCAAUCUGAACCGGAACUUUGCCAUCAACAAGCUGAACAAGGCAAUGGAUUACUGGAAGAACAUCGUCUAUCCGGAGCUGAUGAACAGUUGGUCGGACUCUGACGAUCUGGUUGAAGAAUAAACCCUUCCCGGCAUGUGCAAUAGUACGAGCCUUCCGUGUUGUAGCAUGUCUGAUCGCACGGCUUGUCUAUCUUGCACUCGUUGAUAUCCUGCUCGCACAGGGACCCCGCGUACCCAGCUGGACAGCUACACGUAUCGGGUGCGGUGCAGCGACCUCCAUUCCGACACUGCGACCGACAGAUGGCUGCAGAAUAAUUUAAACAAUCUGACUACAUGCGUGACAUUUUAAUAAACAAUUGAUACUCGAUACAAGUUCACUGGAA